AUGUCGUGGACAAGAAAAAAGACAACAGGGCCUCUACCACCUCCACCCUCAUUCACCCCGAAGUUCUCGGAAACAUAUGUGAAAAAGCGGGCCUCUAACAAUGGCCAUGGCACUGAUGACGCUCUCGCUGUGAGCCGAAUUCUUGAAGCAGCUGAUAUCCCAUGUUGUAUGGUCGGAACAAGUGCUCUCAUAUUUUACGGAGCUGCCAGAGUGCGCAAUGACUGGGAAAUUUGUGUCCCGGCACAUCUCGUUGGUAAAGCUGUAGCUUUAUUACAGUCAGAACCUCAUUCUGCUACUUACCACGUUGCGGAGCCCUGGGACAAACCGAGCUCAUCUCUGAAACAUACAUGGCACCGAUUCAAACAUUGCGAAACCAAUUUUUCCUUUGUCAUUGUCCCUGAUAGAGACGUCCACAUUAUCUGUGAACCCUCCAACUUCACGCGCAGCCUCCGAGGACUACCUUAUCCCAAGUUAGAUGUCUUCAUACAAAGCUGUCUAGACUCAGGCGAUGAACUGCAGCUUUGCGAUGUGAUUGACGGUACGGAUUUACCAGAGGAAUGGGGCGAAGAGAAUCUUGAACUUGAUGGUACAAAUGACGUCGGAUGGGCGAUUGAAGCAAAUAAGAGAGGUCGAGAAUCCCAAAAGGAGAAGUUUGCGAACGCGUGUACUUUUCCAAUCAAUCGAAAAAGCAGACGAGCUAUGUGGCAAUCGUACGUACGAACAAAGAAGGACAGGCUGGAUUGGACUAAGCCCAGCCAUGUGUUUACUACGCAAUAUCGCAUUAUUGACACUCCAGAUUCGUGGACUGUUCUUUCGGAUGGUUACUAG